AUAUAUUCCGUGCUCUUGUGGCUGUAGUUGUCAUUAUGGUCUCUAUUGGAGUUGUUUACGCUACGACCAAGAAAAUCUCAAUAGUUCUCAAGGUAGUUGGAGUGUUUAUGGCCAUACUACAUUCCUUGCAGUUUAUCGCAUAUGGAUUAGUAUUUAGUGGGGUCAGGCAUCAAUGGUUUCCUGAAAUAACAACCUUAGUAAUCCUCCUGUACUUCGCCGCAGUAUGGUACAGCUACGGGGAAUUCAUUGAGGAUAUUGCGAACGAUUUAAACUUGAUCACUGUCCACAAUAGCCAAACCAACCAACAAGUAACGUACCCUCUUGGGGGUGGAAAUGAAAACACGACACCGAUGAACCAGCCUCAGGGAGGAAGAAAUCCUGGCCAAGGUCCUUCAACAAUUCCCUCAGCACCUCCUUUAAACACCCCUCUGCUGCCUUCGAACACACAAAUGCCUACGCCGAACAAGACUUCUGUGUACUCUAAAUAAAACUAGUAAAGCAGUUGUAUAUUUUUUAAU